AUGAUCCCUUUGAGACAGAUUGUGGGCAGGACUGUUAAGAGUAGUGCUCUUCAAAUAAGAAAUGCUACUAAAGCUGGUACUAUGGCUUUACGCUAUCAAUCCACCACCACCACCACCAACACUGCAACACCAACACCAGACCAUGCCAGUCUGAAAACAUCGUCAGAAUCUGUUCAAACAGAGAAAUCAACGGUCUCCAAACCAACGCAAAAGGGAAACCAAGAUAAGAAACCCCUUCCAAGGAGAACACCAGUGAACCCUAAAUUAAGAGAUAUCAGUGGGCAAAUCAAAGAAACCAUCCUUCAAUCCUCUACUGAUUUGAAUGAAGCCUAUAGUAUUUUGGAAGAAGGGAUUACAUUUUUACGAGAAAUUCAAAAAUCAGAGAAUAUUACUGAUAGACAAAUUUUUAGGGAGUUUUAUCCUUUAGCCACCGAAUUGUUUGUGUUGGCACAAAAGCCUGAAACAACAAUUGACCAUUCAUUAAAUGAAAUACUUGAUAUGUUUGUUAAGAAUAAAAUUGCUCAUUCAAUACACUUUACUCUGUUAGCAGCCAACACUCUUAAACAAAACAUUGAAGCAUAUGAAGAAGUGUUGCAAUACUGGCUCAAGAGCUUUGAAUAUACCAAAUCCCAUGAUUUCUUGUAUGUUGAUAACUUUAAUGGAGUCAAAACCAAAAUUGAAUAUCAACCUUACGAUUUGACAAAUUUGGCAAUUUAUGCCUAUGUUCAAUCGUGUAUUGCUCAAAAGGUUGCAUAUUCACCAGUGGAUGCCGCAAGGUUUUCCCCUACUGGUAAAGUACCACCAUUUUAUCACAUUAAGAAAACUUUAGAAGUGUUGGAUAUCUACGAUCCCAACAAAUUUCGUGAAUAUUGCAAUUUGUUACAAACAGAUUCUCAAGAGAGAUUUAAUCCUAAUGGGGCCGGUUCAAUCAAGAAAAUUGAAAACACCCCAGAUAAAAAGCAACUCGAUAAGUUUUAUCAAAAUGUGGUUGAUAUUUGUAAUAAGCGUAAUAUUAAAAUUGAUGAAAAAGUCAUUGUUGCAUUAAUGCAAAGAUACUUCCAAUUUGAUGAAUACAACGAAGUUUUUAGUUUAUUCGAAACAAUUAUGAAUUCAGGAGUAAAGCCCUCAAUUAAUGCUUGGAAUAUAGUCAUUAAAGCAAUGACGAAUCCUUCAAGAAUUGCUAGUUUUGGAGGCAAGGCCAAGCAACAGGAACUUUUGCAAAAUUUCGAGAGAACUUUACAAACCAUAGUAUCUUCAGGAGUUCAAUUCAAUGGUGAAACUAUUGGUGCAAUUGUUAGUGGGUAUGCCAACUUUGGACGAUUUGAGAAAGCUCAAGAGUACAUUGAUAAAUACGCCCAAGGUGUCAAGGACAAUGGAGAUAUCAUUAGUUUAUGUAAUGAUGGAAUUUUGAGAGGGUUGGUUUACAAUGGUAAGAUCGAAGAGGCCGAGUCGAAAUUGAAACAAUUUAUGGAAGCUUACCCUCAAUAUAAACCUCAUACCCAUGUCAUGAAUGACUUUCUUAAUUAUUAUGCCAAGAAGAAAAACUAUAAGGCCAUUAAUGGUAUCACCAAUUUUAUGAAAAAGCACAACAUUGCUGAAAAUGUAUCGAUCAAAACCACUAUGAUCAAUGCUUAUUUUGAAAGUUUACAUGCCAUUGGUAAAACUCCAGAUCUCUCCAGCUUUUUAGCUAAAAUGGAGUCAUCUGAAAAUGCUGGUAAACGUGGAUUCAACGAACAAAUGCAUUCUACUUUAUUAAAAGGUUUGAUUCAAGGAGCCAACAUUGAAGCCGCCAGACAGCUUUUUGACAUAUUAAAGUCCAGAUAUCCUCGUUCGGCAUGGUUGAAUACCAAUAUGAUGAUUGGUGAACUCACUUUGGGAAAUGUUAAACUUGGUGAAGAUAUUUUCAAUCAUUAUAUUAAAGAAAUUAGAAAUGAACCAAUUAUUUGGAAUACAUUUAUUCAUAAUUUAUUAUCUCGUGAUGAAAAAUUAGCUGACUUUUAUUUUGAAAAAAUGAAGCAAGACUCUCAAGUUCAACCUAAUUAUUACACCUAUUAUUUCAUGUUGCAGCAUUAUAGAAGAAAGGCAAAGAAGGAUCGAUUGCAACAAUUGGUUAAUGAAUUGGCUGAGGUUGAUUGGACUUCUUAUGGAACUUCAUUACCCGAUUUUAUUAAAAAGUUGACCAAUUAUUUGGAUGUACCUGCUUUGUUGUUAUCCAAACUUGACAAACAAUAA